CUCCAUUGCUGCUCCUUGCUCAGGCGAUUGAAGCCCCGUCUUUCCGUUUCGCAAUUCUGUUUCUACGAUAAUCAACCUUCUUGAGCACUUGUAAGUCGGGGGCAACUAUGUAGCCAGCUCAUGCUCCCUUUUGAUUAUGUUUCCUAAUUUUAAAUCAUGGGAUUUGCUGUGAUGGGUUCUUAUCCUUGCUGCGUUAAUGGAGAUACGCAGACCGGCGGAAAAUGGCGACCUACGCAGCGAUUAAGCCGGCCAAGGCUGGAUUGGAAGAGCCACAAGAGCAGACUCACAAGAUCAGGAUCACACUUUCCUCCAAGAAUGUGAAGAACCUUGAAAAAGUCUGCGGGGACUUGAUUCGUGGUGCAAAGGACAAGAGGUUGAGGGUUAAGGGACCAGUGAGAAUGCCCACCAAGACCCUUCUGAUUACUGCCAAGAAGUCUCCUUGUGGAAAAGAUUUGAGCUUCGUGUGCAUAAGCGCAUCAUCGACCUCUUCAGCUCCCCAGAAGUGGUGAAACAGAUCACCUCCAUUACCAUCGAGCCUGGUGUUGAGGUGGAAGUCACAAUUGCUGACGCUUAGGAAUGCUUUUUCGGUUUCUGUUUGUCAUGAACUCCUCCUUUUUGUUUGAGAUAUUCAGUUUAGUAGAGAGGUGAUAUUUCUGUACUUACCUUCCUGCCCAAUAUGUACAUUGAGCAGCAAAACAGUGUCUGAUUUGGUGAAACCAGUUACUUUUGGUAGACACUAGACGGAAAAUUUAUGACUUGAAUGAAAAUUUCAGAGGCUGUUUUUAUUUCUGUCACUGUUGUAUAAGUCAUUCCUAUGACUACUCGACUUUACUUCUUCUAACCAUAAAGAAGAAGAACUUUUGUUUCUUGUAAAAGAAUUCGCGCUCGACUCCAUUCAAUUUGUAGCUUGAUCAAACCUAGCUGGUAAGAUGAAGAAGUCCUUGAAUUGGAAUGUUCAUUUCUAUCAAUUAUCAACCCUAGGAUGUCUCUAAAGGGUUGGGGUGUGAGCUUGACCUAUAAAACAGCUGACCCUAACCUGUCUCGAUCCUUUUUCUACAAUGUCAGUUUAAGGUUGGUUAAUCUUUUGACCUUUUAAGGAUCAAGUAGAGUUGGGUUACUUUUGACCCUGUGAUUCAUAGCCACAAACCCACAAGCCACAACACAACUAGUGUAUGAAAUUUCUUAUAUCAAUACAUUGGAAAUGUUUGUUUUGUAUAAGUUUAGGUGUUAUAAUGCAAGUUAAAAUAUCUAAAGGUACCAAAAUGUAAUUUUAUCACCCAAACUUAUAUACUUAUUUGUAAAAAAUAAAAUUUUGGUACUAAAUUGUAAGAAAAAACAUUUGGUUACCAAAAUGUAAUUUUCAAAAAACCACUGCAUUGAUUUGAACCGAACCACUGACCCGACCCAUCCCGACACUGGAGGGCCAAACAAGGUCAUCAAGGAAACAUGGGUGGGACAGCUCAGUUAUAUAAGUUGACCAUUUAUAAGCGGGUCAGGGACGGGUCAAUAAAUUUCCAGCCUAAAAGUACAAUUAUUAACUAUUAUGAUUGAUGCAUGUAUUCAUACGGGUCAAACUAGUGUACUCCUGGAGUAUAUUAUACUUUAGAUUCUCUUAGUGAGAUAUCUCUGUCUAGAUUAUGAUUUUAACCGAGUUUGUGGUAUGAUACUAUACUCUAAUCUCUUAUGGAUAAACUUCAAACCCCGAUUCCCUAAAUCCAAACUCAAAGUUCAAUUUAUUAUAAAAUAAUAAUUAACCGUUGAGAUUGGUCGGAGCUUAUCAAAAUACAUCUAUCAACCAUAUCACCUGAAAUAUACUAUACUCCUGAAAUAUAUCCGUCGUUACCGCAUUCAUACAAUACUUUUUUAUACAAAUGGUAAUAUUAGUUCCUCAAAUAAGUCUAUCUACUAUGCAUUUUUGGUACUCAUAUAAUAUAAGCACCAUCCUAUUUGAGUCUUUCAAAAGGAUUUAUCUUUGGGUACAUUUAGAAUUGAAGGACCAAUAUAGAGCUUCAUAAAUCGAAGUCUUAACAUGCAUUUGUUAUGGCAUUCUUAUGUUCGACUUCAGUCAUGUUGGAAAUAAGUGAAUAGCUUUUGAAAGCUAUAGGAGCUAAGGAUAGAAUAUCAUAUUGGUGGAAGAAUUCCUAACAAAGUGGUAUAAAUAUUAGUAGGUUAUCUCACUUAAGGGUAUGUUUCUUAGGGUGACCCACUUUUGAGGGAGAGGGAGGAUCUAACGGACUACUACACACAGACGCGCACACGCCGUCCGCCCGAGUGGGUGGGUCGACCGAAGACUGACUUAUAUUUUAUAGAGAAAUUUUGAAUUAAUUAAUUAUUUUUAUCUUUAACCGAUGCAAAGAUAAUCAACUCAAUAGAAUAUUGGAGAGAUAAUUUGGCCAGGAAUUAUCUUAUCGACUCGAUUUAAUUAAGAAAGUAAUUAUCUUCUUAAUUAACAUGACUUAUUACCCAAGUUAGAGGGUAUAUUCUUCGAGGUUUCAGCUCUUAUAAAUAGUUGUCUCGCAAACCCCUCUAGACACACCACCAAAGAGCAUAAACACGAGCGAGAGAGUGUUCAAAGAGCUCCGGUUUUUGCACAAAACCGUCGAGCACCCAAGAGGAGAUGUUUUAUCAUGGAGGCAACCGAUUGAUGGUCUAUCGUGCGCAACAAACGCAGUGUCGGGAACGUCUUAAAGAAAGCGAUUUAGUUCGCGAUUUAACUCCAUAUUCGUAAUCGUUCUUUUUGUUGUGUUAUUUCUAACAGGUCAUCCCUUGUCUGGUUAAUGAUUAGCAAUUUUUUUAGUAAAUGCAUUAUGGCUUAACAAAACUAACUCAAUCCAGAAUCAACCGCCCAGAAAAACCGACCAAACUAAUCGCCCUUGAUAGGGUGGGGUGCAUGGAGUAAUAAACUAGUGUGCCAAAGAGGGUGUUUAAAGAACUCCGGUUUUCGCACAAAAUCGCAGAGCACCCAAGAGGAGUUGUUUUAUCCUGGAGGCGACCGGUUGAUAUUAUGUCGUGCACAACGAAGGCAAUACCGCAAACGUCUUAAAGAAAGCGACCUAGUUCUCGACUUAGCUCCAUAUUCGCAUUCGGCAACAGUUCUUUUUGUUGUUCCAUUUUUAACAGGUCAUCCCUUAACUUAUUAAUGAUUAUCAAUUUAUUUUUAGUAAAUGCACUAUGGCUUAACAACAUUAACUCAAUCCCAAAUCAUUCCGCCCAGAAAAACUGACCAAAACUAAUCGCCCUGGAUAGUGUGGGGUGCAUGGAGUGAGAAACUAGUGGGUUUUCGAUGGGUUAUGGUCUUAUGGAAUUGAAUAUUUUCAUUUUAGUGGGUAUGGGUUUGAUAUUGUCAUCGUCGAUUUGAAUGGUUAAAAAUUAAAAUGGUUUCAAUUUCAAAUCCGACUCACUCAACCAACGUAAGCCUCCUCCAUAGUCUAUACUAAUACAAGGAUGUGUAAUGGUUCGGUCUCAUACCAGACCAUUUAAGGACAUGCCCCUUGGGGUGAUUCACUUUUAUGGGAGAAAGAGGACCUAACGGAUCACCACACACAGGAGUGCACGCGUCGUCCACCCGAGUGGGUUGGUCGACGAGGGAGUAACUUAUAUUUUUUAUAUAAAUUCCAAAUUAAUUUUUUUUUAUCCUUAACCGAUGCGAAGAUAAUUAACUCAAUAGAAUAUUCGAGAGAUAAUUCGGCCAAGAAUUAUCUUACCAGCGUGGUUUAAUUAAAGAUGUGAUUAUCUUCCAAUUAACACGACUUAUUACCCAAGUCAGAGGUAUAUUCUUCGAGGUUUCAGCUCCUAUAAAUAAUCGUCUCCCAAAGAGCAGAAACACGAGCGCGAGAGUGUUCAAAGAGUUUCAGUUUUCGCACAAAAUCGCCGAGCGCCCAAGAGGAGCUAUUUUAUAUUAGAGGCGAUCGAUUGAUAGUUUUUCGUGCGCAACGAAGGCAGUGCCGCGAACGUCUUAAAGAAAGUGAUCUAGCCCGCGACUUGGCUCCAGAUUCAGUAACCGUUCUUUUUGGUGUUCCGUUUCUAACAGGUCAUCCCUUGCCUGAUUAAUGAUUAGCGAUUUUUUUAGUAAAUGCAUUAUGGCUUA